UGCGGCCCCGGAGCUUUGUCCCGCGCUUAGGGAUUCUGCAGCGGGACCUCCCGCUGUCACCAAGCUGCCCCUCAGGUCCCUUAGUGGGCGUGGCGUCAUGCAGGAGGCAGGCAGGCAGGGCUAGCCUUCUGCGCAGGCGCAGCGCAAGCGCACGUGGAGCCGGCGUUCGGACCCUCCGUGGUGGUGGAGUCGCUGGACUGAAUCGGGUUUUCAAGAUGGCCGCAGCCCCUCAAGCACCAAAGAGGGGAUCUAUUCGGAAGACUAGACCUCUGGUUGUAAAGACAUCACUGAACAACCCGUAUGUCAUUUCCUGGAGCACCUUGGAGAGAGAGGACAUACAUUUUAUAUUACAGACACUCGAAGACAAGUUUAAAUUGAUUGGCCUUCAGAAAAUUGAAGAUAAGAAAAAGAAAAAAACACCUUUGGUAAAAAAGCAAAGGUGCAGCCCUGAUGUUGAGACGAGUGAGGAUCUGAAAGAGGAGCAUGAUGGGAACCUGCAGGUGUCAGGCUGGACACCCAUACAUGUCAGAAAACAGCUGGUCAUUGGCGUUAAUGAAGUCACUAGAGCCCUGGAGAGGAAUGAACUGCUCCUGGUUCUAGUGUGCAAGUCCGUCAAGCCUGCCGUCAUCACCUCACACUUGAUUCAGCUGAGUAUAAGCAGAACUGUUCCUGCUUGUCAGGUUCCUCAGCUCAGCCAGAGAAUUGCUCCUGCCAUUGGCUUAAAAUGUGUGCUAGCCUUGGGCUUCAGAAAGAACACCACGGACUUCGCUGAGGAAGUAAGAGCCAUCAUUCCCAGGGUGCCCAGCUUACAUGUGCCAUGGCUUCAAGACAGAACCCAAGAUCUCAAAGACAAUUUAGAGACUGAAUCUUUGGAAAGCCAGGACAAAGAGAUUUUGGACACAUCAUUUGAUGACCUUACAAAACUUAAUAAAAGAAAGCUUGCUGAAGGUGGGCAGGCUUCUGUAACACUACAACCCCUUAAAAUAAAGAAACUUAUUCCCAACCCUAAUAAGAUAAGGAAACCACCCAAAAGUAAAAAAUCCAUUUCAAAGUAGUUUAUAUGAACUUGUCAUUUCAUGAAAGGAUAUGGUCUAAAUAAGCUUUAAAACAAAUAAAGUAGAGUAUGUUUACGUAUAUUCUUAGGAUCCUGCAUGGAGGUCUUCUUUCAGAAUGGCAAGUCUUUCUAACUGGGUGGGACAGAUAUGCUGAAACUUAAAACCAUGAAGUAGGGAAAACACUCAAAAACAAUGAUUAACAAAACCGAAGUUUAUUGAGACUAAUGUCCAUGCGUGUAUAAAUUCACUGCUUUCAAGGCUGGUACAAUGUUUGCUUGCAAGAACAUCAGUUUCCUACAGCACUUAACAUUUCUCUACCAAACUUGGAAAAUGGGCCACAGACAUGGUCUAAUAAGGUGGAUGAAACAACUAGAGAAGGUCCUAGUUGUAAGGGAGAGACACUAAAUGCUAAGCAGCACACUGUCUUCAAAAGCGGCAUACCAUUUUUACGUUGUAGUAAUUUGGCUUUGUAGGUAAGCAUUGACAGGCAUAGAGAAAGGCUUGACUGAUACAGAAAAAAAAAGCCUGAUAGGGUUAUUUCAAUAAGAAUUCCCUCCCUGCACAUCAAGUUCCUUGCAAUAUUGAACAUUAUCAAAAGUACAGUAGGGGUACAGCUCUGUGGUAGAACAUGUACUUAUUAGCACACAAUCCCUGGCUUGAUCCCCAGCACCAAAACAACACACACACACACACAC